AUGAGUUCCAGACCAUACGACAUCACGGUUCUCGGAGCGACUGGUUGGACUGCCACCAUCUGUGCCGAACAUAUCGCCAAAACCUUCCCGAUCAAUACGGAAUGGUGUAUUGCAGGCCGGUCACCGGCCAAACUUGAAGCCUUACGUCAAUCCCUACAGUCUAUCAACCCAGACAGGCUGGAACCGUUCAUUCACGUCGUAUCUCAGAUUGACGAACAAGCCCUCGAUCCCCUAGUUAAGAAAUCCAAGGUUAUCAUUAAUGGAAUUGGUCCAUACCGCCGCUACGCAACUCCAAUUGUAGCGGCCUGUGCUAGAAAUGGUACCCAUUAUGUCGACUUCAGUACGGAGACUUCAUGGAUUUCGGAGAUAAUUCGUGACUACCAUGAGCUAGCCGUGGAAUCAGGGGCAACAAUCAUUCCGGCUAUUGCAGGAUCAAGUGCUCCGUCUGAUCUCGUCGCAUGGCUCAUUGCGUCCUACCUCAAUGAUCAUAACUUGCAAGAAGCAUCUGAGGUGGUUUGUUCAGGGAGGAUGACUAUGCUUGGCAUGCAGGGUGGUUCAUUGCACACUGUUCUUGAUGUUGCAGAAAAGUAUGGUAUUGGAGGAUGGUGGACCGCAGAUACAUCUAUUCUGUUGCCUGAUACCGAGCCUGUAGUUGGCACCAAGACAAUUUCAGUUCAUCGCUACGAUCGACACCUUGGCAACCUAGCAACAUCCUUCGUUGCUUGGGGAAAUGAGUCUGUUGUUCGGCGAUCAGCAGUGCUGGACACGCCAACUUACGGCCAGAAGUUUCUCUAUAAAGAAUACAGUCCAGCCAAAAGCUACGUCUCGGCAGUCUUCAUUCAUAUCAUCACCAAUAUUGGCAUCCUUCUCCUUGCCAUACCAUGGUUUCGAUCAUUUCUGCGUAUAAAGUCCUUCAGUCCUGGAGAGGGACCAGAUCGCAUAGAGAGCCGCAAGGUUGAAAAUGCCGAAUGGCAAGCUGUCGGUUACGUAGCUGGGGUAGCGGAGCCAGUCGCGUUUUCGAUAUUUUCUUUUCAGGGAGCGUUGGUUGACAUGGCGGCGAUUUUGGCUGUGGAGGGUGCAGCCACAAUUAAUGACAGGCUAAGAAUGAAAGACGGCAGUCACCUGAGAGCUGGGUUAUUAACACCUUCAACCUUGGGGGGGACGUUUGUAGAUCGUCUUCGAGCAGCAGGAUUUAGCAUUGAGAUUAAGGCACCAACGGGUGCCGAUCGGGAAUCAGAUACCUCAUGGGGUUCAAAGAAACAACUGUAA